UAAUCAAUCAAUUUUCCCCAUUAAUCACCCACUUCAUCUCUUCACCUUCACUACUACAAAUUCAAUCACUCACUACCAUAAUAUAUUAUUAAAUUACCAAAUUAAAUUAAAGAUAUAUAUCAUCAAUUCAAUUUCUUUUAUGUUCUUUCUUCUACCUUCCUUCAUCUUCUUCAUCACUACAGCUGCUAGCUGCAAAUCUAACAACACGUCAGCACCCUCUAUAGAUAUAUAUAUAUACACACACACAUACAUACAUACAAAAUAAUUAGGUUAAGAGAAGGUGGAAUUAUUAAUGGCGUUGCCACCGGGGCUCCAAUUCGAUCCGACAGACGAAGAGCUCGUCGUCUACUUCCUCUGCAGAAGGGAAAGAAACUUACCCUUCAACCCUAAUAUCAUUCCUGAUCUUGAUAUCUAUGCAUCAGAUCCUUGGGACCUUACAGAUGAGAAGGCGUAUUGGAGCGGUAAAAGGGAGUGGUAUUUCUUCAGCAAAAUUCCGACGAGAUCGAACGAUGGAUCAUCGAUGACAAAGGGAGGGUUUUGGAGGGAGGUUGGAAUGGAUGAGAUCGUAUAUGGAAGUGAUGGGAAUGAAAUUGGGGUUAAGAAGUAUCUUGUGUAUUAUUAUAAUUAUGAUCAUCAUCAAGGUUGUAGUAAUAGUAGUGAUUGGAUGAUGGAGGAAUACAAUCUUCCCCAUAACCAUCAAGGUGUGAGCGAAGAAGUGUGGGUGUUGUGUCGAGUGCAUAAGGAUGAGGAAGAUGAUCAAUAUGACGACAAUAAUAAGAUUGGUUUCCAAGAAAGUUUUGAUUGUAAUGAAGAUGGUGUCGAGCUAUCCUAUUUGGAUCAAAUAUUUUUGACAUUGGACAACAACGACGAUGAUGACGAUGAUGAUCAAGACGAGGUUACUUCUCUCAUGCAAAUAGCCUGAUAUCUAUGUACAUAUGUGUUUUUAUGUGUAUAUAUAUAGAUAUAUAUAUAGAGAGAGAGAGAGAGAGAUUGGUUUAUUACAUUUGAAGAAGUACAUAGAUAUAUACAUACAACAAUAUAUACUUUGGGAGUUUAUGGAGAUGUUUGGGUGUUUGAAGUCGAGACAUUUGAUUAUGGUUACAUUGACAUUUUCUUGUA